GACGGGGGAGGAUGGUAGAGAGCAAGCGCCGCUGCCUUCUUUGCUGCACACCGCAGCGAAUUGGUCUCCCUACCCUGCCCGCACUUACAGAGGUCUCUCUUGACCAUUCAGUGGAUGCUGUCUUUUCGGCAAACACCAUCGUCGAGCGUAAUGUUUUCGGACCCUUCGUUAGGAAUGUUUUACAUGGUUUGAAUUUUGGGUACCAAUCGAGGGGAGUCGAGAAGAACGCGGUUCUCCGGCAUAUUUUACAGAGUUAUGCCAGUUCCAGAACCAGCCUCUGACUCUGAGAACUCCACCAUGCUGAGUCCAGUUCUAAAUGCCUCUAAUGGAGACGUCUCCGAGACGGAGACAACGUCAGCUAUACUGGCCUCUGUCAAGGAACAGGAGCUGCAAUUUGAGCGACUGACUCGAGAACUGGAAGCCGAGCGGCAGAUUGUCGCCACCCAACUGGAGCGAUGCAAGCUAGGAUCUGAGACAGGCAGCAUGAGUAGCAUCAGUUCAGCAGAUGAGAAGUUUCGCUGGAAUAACCAAGAUGGACAGAAGGACAUUGAGGAGGAACUGACGACUGGCUUGGAGCUGGUGGACUCCUGCAUUAGGUCACUCCAGGAAUCUGGGAUCCUUGACUCCCAGGAAUUCUCCACAGGUGACAGACAAGGCCUGCUAUCCCAGAGUGCACUUAAGCUCAACAAUCAGGAUGGAACACUCCCUUACCCAGCCGGUUACCACAGCAACCAGACACUAGAGGCCCCACCCCGCGGGGGUCAGGUGGGAGGGGCAAUCCACAGUUACAACCAGGUGACAUCUAGCCGUGCAGCCCAGCUGGCUGCCAGUGUAGACUCCUCCCAGUCCCAGUGCAGAGAUAGAGAGUUGUUUGCCCAGAGCCAUGGCAGCGCCUUCCACAUGCCUGACGCCCCACCCACUCCUUCCAUGUACUACUCUUGCUCCACCCUGCCCGCCCAACGCGUGAGCUCCCCCCACUCCAUACAGGCCGUGGGCUCGCCCACCAAGCUCCAGCGCCUUGGCUCAGCCUCCGACAUGCCCAGCUACGCCACCCUGCAGCGGGUCUCCUCGCCCAAGCAGUCCCCCAGCCGGCUGGCAAAGUCCUAUAGCACCAGCUCCCCCAUAAACAUGGUGGUGGGGUCUGCCGGGCUGUCCUCCACGUCUCCACUGCACAUGGCCUCUUCAGGCAAUGCCUCGGGUUCGUCCCCUCUCCAUCAGUUCAGCUCCACUGUGGGUAACUACGCCACCCUGUCCCCCAGCAAGCGCAUGCAGCACUCCUCUGACCAGUACAAGAUCUCCCACGAGCUCUACGCCAACGCCACCCUCGGGAGGCCUGGCAGCUUGGCAGGGUCCAGAGGCUCUUACAGCAGCCAACACAGUCACCUGGGCUCAGAGCUGCGACCUCUCCAAUCUCCUGAGCACCACAUUGACCCCAUCUACGAGGACAGGGUCUACCAGAAGCCCACUCUCAGGAAUCUCAAUCAGAACCAGGACCCAGUAAACCAGUUUUGUGAAGAGGUCCUGAACUUUCUGCUCUGUCCCUACUUCCCUCCUGCCGUAGCCCCAUCUUCCCCUGGUGUUGACUCCAUCCCCUUGCAGCGUACAGGCAGCCAGAACGCCUCAGGCACUUUGCCCUACCAGAGAAGCAGCUUUGCCACUGGCUCGGACUACGCCAACCCGUACCGCACCCUCCAGUUCUGCCCGACCACCGAGUUGCCCUACAGCAAGUCUGGCCCCGUGCUGCCCCCGGAGGCCGCACUGGCCCGCUCACCUUCUGUCGACAGCAUCCAGAAGGAUCCCAGGUACGACCCUGAAUUCCUUGUCUGGAAUCAAAAUCAAGCCGAGCAAAGAAUGACAAAGGAGUUUGGCUGGAGAGACCCAGAGCUGCCUGAGGUAAUCCAGAUGCUGCAGCACCAGUUCCCCUCGGUCCAGUCCAACGCUGCAGCCUACCUCCAACACCUGUGCUUCGGAGACAACAAGAUCAAGUCUGAGAUCCGGAGACAAGGAGGGAUCCAGCUGCUGGUGGAUCUGCUAGACCACAGGAUGACCGACGUGCACCGCAGCGCCUGUGGAGCUCUGAGGAACCUGGUGUACGGCAAGGCCAACGAUGACAACAAGAUCGCCCUGAAGAACUGUGGGGGGAUCCCAGCCCUGGUCCGCCUGCUGAGGAAGACCACAGACAUGGAGAUUAGGGAGUUGCUCACAGGUGUGCUGUGGAACCUGUCGUCGUGUGAUGCCCUGAAGAUGCCCAUUAUCCAGGAUGCCCUGGCCGUGCUGACCAACGCUGUCAUCAUCCCCCACUCGGGCUGGGACACCUCGCCCCAUCAGGAGGACCGCAAACUGCACCUGCACUCUUCCCAGGUUCUCCGCAACGCCACCGGCUGCCUCAGGAAUGUGAGCUCUGCGGGGGAGGAGGCUCGCAGGAGGAUGAGGGAGUGCGAGGGCCUUACCGACGCUCUGCUCUACGUGAUCCAGACCGCCUUGGGCAGCAGCGAGAUCGAUAGCAAGACCAUUGAAAACUGUGUGUGCAUUUUGAGGAACCUCUCGUAUCGACUAGCUGCAGAGACAUCUCAGGGACAGCAGAUAGGCACGGAUGAGCUUGACGGAUUGCUUUGUGGCGAUGCCAAUGGCAAGGAUUCCGAGAGCUCAGGUUGCUGGGGGAAGAAGAAGAAGAAAAAGAAGGCCCAUGAUCAGUGGGAUGGCGUGGGGCCCUUCCCGGACUCUGCUGACCCACCCAAAGGCAUUCAGAUGCUGUGGCACCCCACCAUUGUCAAACCCUACCUCACUCUCCUGUCUGAGUGCUCCAACCCAGACACCCUGGAGGGGGCGGCUGGGGCCCUGCAGAACCUGGCUGCAGGCAGCUGGAAGGUACAGCACAGUACAUGGUCUGUGUAUAUCCGUGCGGCAGUGAGGAAAGAGAAGGGUCUGCCCAUCCUGGUGGAGCUGCUGAGGAUUGACAACGACAGGGUGGUGUGUGCCGUGGCCACAGCUUUAAGAAACAUGGCCUUAGACGUCAGAAACAAAGACCUCAUCGGCAAGUACGCAAUGAGAGACUUGGUCCACCGUUUGCCCGGGGGGAACAACAACAACAGCAGUGGUGGGACUGCUGCCGGUGCUAUUGGGAAGACCAUGUCAGACGACACCAUCACGGCUAUCUGCUGUGCCCUGCACGAGGUCAUCACUAAGAACAUGGAGAACACCAAGGCUCUGCGUGACGCUGGAGGCAUCGAGAAACUCAUCGGCAUCGCCAGGAGCAAAGGAGACAAACACACACCCAAAGUGGUGAAGGCAGCCUCUCAAGUCCUCAACAGUAUGUGGCAGUACAGAGACCUUCGCAGCCUCUACAAAAAGGAUGGAUAUUUUCAGUAUCAUUUUGUUGGCUCAUCCUCUACAAUAGAAAGAGAUAGACAAAGACCAUACUCUUCCUCCCGCACCCCAUCCAUCUCGCCUGUACGGACAUCUCCCAAUAAUCGCUCAGCAAGUGCCCCUGCCUCUCCCCGAGAGAUGAUCAGCCUUAAGGAGAGGAAGACAGACUACGAGUCAACGGGCACCAGUGCCAGUUACCAUGGCAACAAGGGUGAGCACACUUCGAGGAAAGACACCAUGGCAGUUGAAAUCUCAAGUGGAACCUCAACAUUGUUCCGAGGAGCCUACAUCUCUCCCAGUGAUGACAUCAAACACAACCAGGUCUCUGCUCAGGGGCCCAACCCAGGCCAGGAGCCUUACCCUCCGUUUCAGAACCCUCCUGGCGUACAGUUUGAGGAGGCGUUCUACGAGGACCAGGUGCACCAGCGCCCUCCUCAGGCCACAGACCUAAACAUGCACCUGGGCCUCAAGUCCACGGGCAACUAUGUGGACUUCUACUCAGCAUCCCGCCCCUACAGUGAACUCAACUAUGAGACCAGUCACUACCCAGCCUCCCCAGACUCCUGGGUCUAGUGGACUAUGGAGGAAGGACUGGUCGUCAGCAGUGUGCUGUGAUGGGGGAGAGGAGCCGAGAGAGAGACUAAGACAGACAGGCCAUGCAUGUGCAUGCAUACUACAAGACAUUUCUUCAGCGAGUUUAGUUUGUCCUAGAGAGAGAGGUCCCAUGCCCAUGUGUCUUUGAAGAAAGAGAGAGAGAGAGAGAGAGAGUCACAGAGCAGAAGGAAUAGAAUUAGAGUCCGAAAGAGAGAAGGAAGGAGGGAAAGAGAGACAGGAAGAAAGAAAGAGCAGGAUAUUGUUAAGAAACAACUCACAAAAGGCGAAAGGAAGGUAUUAAAUGAUGGGGUCACCACCAAAAGCUUGGAGCGUUGGAGUGUAAAGGAGAGGAAUAUCUUGGAGAUGAUCAGCAGUAUUCUAGAAGGAAGACAACUGUAAAUAUGUGGUAUAGUAAAGAGAUUAGUACGUGAAGCACAAGAAAAUGAAGUGUCAUUUACACAAGCUAGAGAAUAGUUGUCAGUCACAAACUCUUAUUAGGUUUUAACGUACGGCUUCAACCUGUGUUGUGUGUAAGGAGUAUAAUCUCUGGGCAAAAUAAUUGCUUCUAGACUUUGUAUCUUUUGAUUUGUUAUAAUUCUUUUUUUAUUUCUACUUUUUUAAUCCUUCAUUCUGAUGUAAAAUAUUUGAUGUACAUUACGGAGAUACAUGUGCAUUGUGUAUAUUACACAAUUGCCUGUGUCCCUUUCUUUAUUGUCUCAGCAUAAUGUUAGUCUGUCUGUUACAUUCUGGGGGAUAAUAGAGAGCAUAAUGUCUGCACACAAACAAACCACUACAAGCAAUGAAACAUGUUUUCGCAGCGAUAUGAAGGACGGAUUUCAAAGUUAUUGCUAAUCUGAUUAUGUGAAUUGGUGGACCUAAAUGAGUUAAGCGGCUCAACAGCAUCAUUCCACUUCCUUGGUGCUCUUCCACUGCCUAAAACAGUUUACGGAUGGACGGUAGAUAUACUCAAAAUACGUUUCAUUUCCUAAAACGCUGUUACAUGAAAACAAUUUUUUUCCUCCACAAGCCUCCUAGUGAAUUGUGCUCAUUGUCAGUUUUUUAAAAUGUGCCAAACAUGGUUAUAUCCAAGCUGAGGGGUAACGUUGAACUUCUGUUGAAGUUUACAUUCAACAGCAAGUUGUUGGUUCUAAUGAUGCCAGUUUGUAAAUGCUUUUUUUUUAAUGUGUUUCAAUGGAAUAAAGCUAUAUAUACACUGUAACAAGACUGGAACAUUACCAGGGGGCGAAAAUAAUAUCUUUGAGAGCUUAAUUCCCUCCAAAUAUGUACAAAUUAGUUGAAUCUGUGUUGAAAGAUAAUCAAUGUUUAAGAAAGUCCGUUUUUUUACUUCUUCAGAAAUGGGUGGGAAUUAAGUUAAUGGUAGACUAAACUGUUAAUAGAGUAUGAAUAUAUAUUAUAUAUAAAUAUAUACUUUUUAUGUGGGGACGUGGAUGUCACUUAAAGCAGCACAAUUAUGGAAAAGACUUCAUAAUACAUGUAGGGUUUUGUUCACCUUCAUUUUCUGGUCUGCACACUAAAAUGUUGACUUUGUAGUCAUGUUGUUGCUAUGAGAAAUAGGGGAGACCAGGGGCUGAAUAUCCACAAUUUACGGAGGUUGUCACAGACCUCGUAACUACAAGACAAGGUGCUAAAAGUUACACCUACAGAACGUUGUAUUUUGGUGUUUAUAGAAUGUAUUUUGCCACUUCAUGUCCCUAGCUUUGAAUAUUGAAAUUGUCACAGGUGAAUGUCUUUCAUCACCGACUAAGGAAAUGAUCCCCUUUAUCCUUGUUGGAUUUCCUUAAACGUGUCAAUGUGGUGAACAGUUAUCAACAAUGGAGCUGAUGAUCCAGUCUGUGUGUGUGUUUAUCUGUGAAAGAACAAAAGUGGUCAUUUUCUACAAACCCUGUAGCACCCUUCCCCCCAGCAUGACACACGGUUUCAUAGUGAGUCCUCCUUUGAUCAAAUGUUACAAUAACGUUAUGUGGCAACAUAGAGAAAAAUAUAUUACAUUGCCCACUAAUGCAUGAACAAAUCUUAUUUAAGUCGAUGUGAAUUAAUAUAGUGGUAGACUACACACUAAAACUGAAAGCAGGAGAGAAAAAAUGUAUGUUAAAAGUUGACAACGAGCUCUGGUCUCCCCUACAUAUUGUUUUAGAAGUUUCUAGGUUAUCUUCAGAUGCUUGAACAAUGAAUAAAUGAUGCAAACACCCAAAUUGUUCAACAUAUCCUAAAACGAUGCUCCUUCUCAUUAGUUAGCAUCUGAAAACAGACACAGUCCUUGUGAAAAGUAGGCAUACCUGACAAAGUGUAUUGAACUGUGUCAGUAACCUUUUUGUUGCUAGACAAUGUGUUUUAUAGAAGUGAAACUUUUUAUUGCCUCAACAGAUUGAAACUGCUACAAAAAUAUAAACUGACCAUCUAAGA